GGGCGAGCGAAAGCACUGGGGCCCGUGCCGGAGUUCGGGCGGGCAAACGCCCCGAGCUGGGAGGGGGCAGGGCCGAGAGAGGGAUACAGUCGGUAGGUAUGGAGGGCGCUGAUUUGCUGGAGGGGCCGCGACACUCCCAUGGCAUCCCAGGAUGCUGAUGAAUCCAAUCCGCACACACACACACCACCUCACACGCUGGCAGGCAGUGCUAACCUAGUACCUACCUGCCUUACCUUAUUAGUGCGAAGGCAGUAGGCCUGUUAGAUAGAGGUAGGUUCCCGACAGGAGGAAACUGGCGGGCCAUAGUACGACAUGGAUGCGCGCCUCUCAUUCUCGCUCUUUUCAUCGGCCUUUUCUCGCCCCGGAAUUGUCAUCCGUCUCGGCUUGCCCGUCAUUCAUCGCUGCGUGGCAAGCGACGACGUCUGUAUGCGCCUAGCUCGACACGAUUGAUGAGAUUGUAGUCGAGUCUUUUUUGUUUUACACACUUCAACUGCCAACUCACUACGAGCCAUUUGGGGUUGGACCGGUGACCGCACACCGCUCGCUUGGUCUCUCUGCGCCGCUGCCGUGCGCCUCCCCCGUCUCAACCACCUCACUCAAACCCAGCAGUAAUGGAUGCCCUCGUCGGCACGCUGCUCCGCGAGGAGCGCGCCGCCGCCGCGUCCCGGCAAAAGAGCUGCAACGCCUGCGUCCGCGGCAAGCGGCGCUGCGACAAGCGGACGCCUCGGUGCACGCGUUGCGCCAACAAGGGGCUCGAGUGCGUCUACCAGCGGAUGCCGCCGCCGUCGUCACCUCAUCAGCAUCAUCACCACCACCAUCUGAACCAGCAGCAGCACCACACCUCGGCGGCGACGUCCUCGACGACGCCCAACUCUACCAAUGGCGGCAUCGCCACCACCACCGCCACCGCCAAUAACAACAACAACAACAUCAGCAUUAGCAGCAGCAGCAGCAACAGCAACCACAUCGCCAACGCCUGCUCCGGCUCUUCCGCCUCCAGCACCGCCAACUGCACGCCGCCGGGGCUCGGCGACGUGCCCGACUUCGACAUGGGGUUUGACAUGGACAGCCUGGGCACCGACACGAGCUCCGAGAGCAUGCACAAUGGCGCCGCCAACUGCAGCCAUCACCACGCCGCCGCUGCUGCGGGGACCGACGACAGCAGCAACGUCGGUAACCUCCUCGGCGGCGUCGACUUCUCCAUUGUGGACCUCAUGAACGCCUCGGGCGGCGCCGGUGCCGCCGACAUCUGGAACCUGCAUCCGGGUUAUCACGAUGCUGGUGUCGGCAGCGGCAAGCUCGACAUUCCGCCGCUGCCGUCGAUGCCGCCUGCGACGACCAUGACGGAGGUCCUCGAGCAACAGCAGCAGCAGCAGCAGCAACAACAACAAGAACAACAAGAGUCUCAGCUCCACCAGCAACGGCAACAGCAGCAGCCCGUACGCGAUCUCUCCGUGCUCAAGGCCAACGAGCAGGCCUGCCUCGACGUCGACCCCCUGCUGGUGCACGACCCGCGCACGCGCGUCGGCUUCAUCGUCUCCUUUCUCACCAACCUGCACUCGACCUUUGCCGCGACGCGCGCCCUGCCCUUCAUCCACCCGCGCCUCUGGUCCACGCAACUGCCCAAGACGAUACUCGCCGCCUACGCCGCCGCGGCCGCCUACUCGGGCCGCUCCCCCGCCAACAAGGCCUGGGCCAUGCGCCUCCUCGCCGACGCCGCCCGCGACGUCCACCGCGAGGGCGAGCGCGCCGCCACCCCUACCGACAAGCUCGCCCGUGUCCAGGCCCUGACGGUGCUCAACUCGAUGCGCGUCUUUGACGGCGACGUCGGCAUGCGCGCCGCCGCCGAGCGCGAAAUGUGCGUCAUGCUCGCCUGGGUCAAGGACCUGGAGUUUGCCAAGGACGAGCUCGAGGCCGAGUCGCGCGUCAACGGCCACCGCGUGGGCAGCAGGGAGGCCAACCCCAAGAGCUGGGAGGUGAGUCAAUCCGCCCCUUGCUUGCGUCGUUUGCCCUCCCCCGUUCACGGACCAGAGAGGAGGGGACAGAACGCUAACGUGUCUUUGCAGAGUUGGAUCUUCCUCGAAAGCGCCCGGCGCAGCAUCAUGGCCGCCUACGCAUUCAUGUGCGUCAUCUACGUGCUCAAAUCGGAAGAACGUAUGCAGUUCCCCUCUUUCCUUCCCUUGCUGCCUCAGCCGCCGCCACCGCAGCAGCAGCAACCCCUUGCUAUCUUUUCACCGACUACCUGGGCUAAUCUUGGACUCUUCUCGCACGCAGCCGACUGUGGCAUGUGGAGCGAGACACAGAGCUUUACCGCCUCGAGCCACCUCUGGGACGCGGCGUCCUCGGUCGAGUUCUACCGCGCCUGGCGCGAGAAGCCGCAGUGGUGGAUCGAGAACCUGUCCUUUAAGGACUUUUGGAUGUACGGGCGACCGGGCGAUAUCGACGAGUUUACCCGCUUAAUGCUCACGACGCAAGUGGGCACUGAUGCCAUGGACCACUUUAUGGAGGGCGAGACGACGAUUCCUGUGUGAGUGAAACGACGGAUGCGCUGGAAUGAUAUGAACAGGGCUGGAAGAGUGCUGCACGAUACGCGCCGAGUCGCGACGAUUCGGCGCCGCGCCGGGCUCAUCACGCUGAUGGUUCGACCGACUGCGACGACGUACUUGUGUCUGCGAAGCACUCCAUGAUCUGUAAAACAGAAUCGCUUCUGGAACGGGUCGAGCAUGACGCUGCGGGACUCACGAAGAUGAAAGCUACCACAGGGGGGUUAAGCAUACUAAGAAGGCGG